AUCCAUAUUCAAAACCAAAGUAUCCGGGUUUGGCUAAAUCGGUUUCAAAAUUUCGAGCAUUGAAUUUCUCAUGCCUAAACAAAACCUUUCUCUCUCUCCCUCUACUCAAGUUCCUUACUUCUCCGUUAACUCUCCGGUUCAUCUCUCCGAUCAGGUUUUCGAUUUUGUGAAUAGAGUUAGUUAUUAUAGUAGAAAUGGAGCAGCACGAAGAUGAUGGCCGUGUUGGCGGUGAAUCACAGUCCAAACAAGAUGAUGAGGAAGCUGCUGCUCGACUUGAAGAAAUUAAGAAAUCAAUAGAGGCGAAAGCUGCCCUUCGUCAAAGCAAUUUGAAUCCUGAAAGGCCUGAUUCUGGAUUCCUUAGGACAUUGGAUUCAAGCAUUAAGCGUAAUACAGCGGUUAUUAAAAAAUUAAAGCAGAUAAAUGAAGAGCAGAGGGAAGGGCUAAUGGAUGAGUUGAGAAAUGUCAACCUUAGCAAAUUUGUCAGUGAAGCCGUAACGGCAAUUUGUGAUGCAAAACUUAGAAGUUCUGAUAUACAAGCAGCAGUUCAGAUCUGCUCUUUGCUUCAUCAAAGGUACAAAGAUUUUUCUCCAAGCCUGGUACAAGGGCUUUUGAAGGUCUUUUUUCCUGGAAAAUCAGGGGAAGAGUUGGACGUGGACAGGAACUCAAAGGCUAUGAAGAAGCGGAGUACUUUGAAACUGCUUUUGGAACUUUACUUUGUUGGAGUUAUAGAAGACAGCAGUAUUUUCAUCAAUAUUAUUAAGGAUCUUACUAGUGUGGAACACUUGAAGGAUCGGGAUGCUACUCAGACAAAUCUGACUCUUCUUGCUAGUUUUGCUCGACAAGGGAGAGUUUUCCUAGGACUUUCCCUCUCUGGACAAGAGAUUCAUGAAGAGUUUGUUAAGGGUCUUAAUAUCACAACAGAUCAAAAGAAAAUCUUCAGGAAAGCCUUUAAUACAUAUUAUGAUGCUGUAUCAGAAUUACUUCAGUCUGAGCACACUUCUCUGCGCCAAAUGGAGCAUGAAAAUGCAAAGAUUUUGAAUGCUAAAGGAGAGCUCAGUGAUGAAAAUGUUGCUUCAUAUGAAAAGCUUCGAAAAUCUUAUGACCACUUGUAUCGCAAUGUAUCAUCUUUGGCUGAAGCCCUUGAUAUGCAACCUCCAGUGAUGCCAGAGGAUGGCCACACAACUAGGGUUACCACUGGGGAGGAUGCUUCAUCACCUGCUACUGGGAAAGAUUCUUCUGUUCUUGAAGCUUUAUGGGAUGAUGAAGAUACUAGGGCAUUUUAUGAAUGCUUACCAGAUCUCAGAGCAUUUGUUCCAGCAGUAUUAUUGGGAGAAGCAGAGCCCAAAGUGAAUGAACAAUCUGUGAAGACUCAAGAACAACCAAGUGAGGUGCCACCUGAGUCUGACCAAGGCCAACCUACUCAAGAUACUGCUGAGUCUUCUGCAGACACUGGUACUGUGCAGGAGGGGAAAAGCAUUGAGAAAGGAAAGGAUAAGGAUGAAAAGGAUAAAGAAAAAGCUAAAGAUCCCGAAAAAGAGAAAAAUAAAGAAAAGGAUGCUGAGAGAAAAGGGGAAAAUGAAAAGGAUAAACUCAAAGGUCUUGAAGGGACAAGCUUGGAUGCUUUACUGCAGAGGCUCCCUGGUUGUGUCAGUCGUGAUCUUAUCGAUCAAUUGACUGUAGAAUUCUGUUAUUUAAAUUCCAAGUCAAAUCGGAAAAAGCUCGUAAGGGCAUUGUUUAAUGUUCCCAGGACGUCCCUAGAACUGCUACCAUACUACUCACGGAUGGUUGCUACACUAUCAACUUGUAUGAAGGAUGUCUCUUCCAUGCUCUUGCAGAUGUUAGAGGAGGAGUUCAAUUUCUUGAUAAAUAAGAAGGAUCAAAUGAAUAUUGAAACAAAGAUCAGGAAUAUUAGGUUUCUCGGAGAACUGUGCAAGUUUAAAAUCGCGCCACCUGGACUUGUCUUCAGCUGUUUGAAGGCUUGUUUGGAUGAUUUCACUCAUCAUAACAUCGAUGUUGCCUGCAAUCUUCUUGAGACAUGUGGUCGUUUUCUGUAUCGAUCUCCUGAAACUACUGUACGUAUGGCUAAUAUGCUAGAGAUUUUGAUGCGCUUGAAAAAUGUCAAAAAUUUAGAUCCUCGGCAUAGCACCCUCGUAGAAAAUGCUUACUAUUUGUGCAAACCACCUGAAAGAUCUGCACGAGUGUCUAAAGUCCGCCCUCCAUUAUACCAGUACAUUAGAAAAUUGCUAUUCUCAGAUCUAGAGAAGUCUUCCAUUGAGUAUGUGCUGAGGCAACUUCGUAAACUGCCAUGGAGUGAAUGCGAUGCAUACCUUUUGAAAUGCUUUAUGAAGGUUCACAAGGGGAAAUAUGGACAAAUUAACCUAAUUGCUUCUCUUACUGCUGGUUUGAGCCGUUAUCAUGAUGAAUUUGCAGUUGCUGUAGUUGAUGAGGUUCUGGAGGAGAUUAGGCUUGGGCUGGAAUUAAAUGACUAUGGCAUGCAGCAGAGGCGCAUUGCCCAUAUGCGAUAUUUAGGAGAGCUUUACAACUACGAACUUGUGGAUUCCUCCGUAAUUUUUGAGACACUCUAUUUGAUCCUUGGUUUUGGCCAUGACACACCAGAGCGUGAUGUACUGGAUCCACCAGAGGAUUGUUUUCGCAUCAGGAUGGUUAUCACUCUUCUUGAGACCUGUGGACACUACUUCGACCGAGGUUCUUCUAAGAGGAAACUUGAUCGAUUUUUAAUACAUUUUCAGCGGUAUAUUCUCAGCAAGGGAGCACUACCUCUUGACGUUGAAUUUGAUUUACAGGACUUAUUUGCGGAUUUACGCCCUAGCAUGACUCGGUACUCAUCCAUUGAAGAAGUUAAUGCAGCGCUUAUAGAACUUGAGGAGAAUGAACGGACAGGUUCCAUUGACAAGGUCAAUAACGAGAAGCACUAUGACAGCGAAAAACCUUCUAGCAGGAAUGCUUCCAAUGCCAUCUCUGCUAAUGGACAAAAUAUUGUGAAUGGUAAUGAGGAAAACGGUGGAAUUCAUGAGGACAUUGGUGACACUGACACUGAUUCGGGCAGUGGCACCAUUGACCAAGAGGGACAUGAUGACGAGGACUUAGAUGAAGAGAAUCAUGACGAUGGGUGUGACACAGAGGAGGACGAAGAUGAUGAUGGAGGUGGACCUGUUUCUGAUGAGGAUGAUGAAGUCCUUGUCAGACAAAAAGUGGCUGAGGUGGACCCAGUGGAAGCAGAAAAUUUUGAGCAGGAGCUAAGGGCAGUAAUGCAGGAGAGCAUGGAGCAGCGCAGGCAAGAGCUGCGGGGUCGUCCAAUGAUAAAUAUGGCGAUACCUAUGACCAUGUUUGAAGGAUCCACUACUCAUGGAAGGGGGGUAGGAGGUGAAAGUGGUGAUGAGGCAUUGGAUGAGGAGGCAGGAGGAAGUAAAGAGGUUCAGGUGAAAGUACUCGUGAAGCGUGGGAACAAGCAACAGACAAAACAGAUGUCCAUUCCUAGGGAUUGCUCUCUUGUCCAGAGUACGAAACAGAAAGAAGCAGCCGAGUUUGAAGAGAAACAAGAUAUCAAGAGGCUUGUCUUGGAAUACAAUGAUAGAGAGGAAGAGGAAAAUAAUGGGUUGGGAACCCAGACAUUGAACUGGAUGCCUAGUGGUAGCAACAGAACUGGCAGCCGUGGCAGUAUGUGGGAAGGAAGCAGCAGUAGAGGCACUGGAUCUCGUCAUCGGCAUCAGUAUCAGCAUCAUUCAGGCAGUGGUGUUUAUCAUGGCAGAAGAAGGUGAGCAACAGCAGAAGUAUAUUGACAUGCCGCCACAAUGUUCUGAUUGUGGAUGAAAUGUGUAGCAGAGGAAAUUGUGUUUUUUUGACACAGCCGCGUUUGCCCUGAUUGUGGGGGCAAAUGUUUCUUUGACAGCAGAAGUAAAGGAAACUGCUCAUUUAAUAGCACCAUCCCCAAGUGCCGCAUUAGCCAUUCACCCACAGCAGAAGAAUUGCAGUGUUAUCCAUCGAGGUCUGUGAAGAGAAACAUUAGAUGCAGAUGCUAUUGUAAAUGCCCAAUCUGGUUAUGCGUUAUGAUGUUGUGUAGCAGAAGAAUUUUGUGAAGGAAAAGUGGUUAUGCCCGAAUACCUAAUUAUAUUAAGGAUUUGUCACCCAUGGUUUGCAGGACCAGUAUCUUAUUAUACUCGACAAAAAACGAGAUUUCUAUCUGACAUUGUAGUUUGUGGUUUGUAUAUGUGUAGACCACCCAGUCGCUAAUUUAAAUGGUACAUUAUUCUAACGA